GGGGGCGGGCUGUGACGGGCGGCGAUAGGCGCAGACCAAUCGGUGCGCGGGGCCGGGGGCGGGCUGUGACGGGCGGCGAUAGGCGCAGGGCAGGGUGCGCUGUGCAGCCGCCGCCGCGCGGCGGCGCUGCCCGCUGCGUGUGGGCAGGCAGGCACGCGGUGUCCGCCAUUACCGCCCGCGCCCUCCCUUUUCUCCCCGCUGCCUCCUUCAGGCCACCAGGGCCCCGCCAGGGUUGUCCAAAAGUUGUUGCCUGCGGUGGGCGGAGCGGGGAGCUGUCCGAAAGUUAGAAUUCUCCGGGAGGCAGCGGUGGGCGGAACGCGGGAGGGAGCCGCGGGACGGGGGGAGCCGAGUGGCGGCGUACCGAGGCACGGUGGGGGAACGCUUUGAGCGACGGACCGCGGCGCCGCAUGAUGGCGGCGGUUCCGAAGGUGCUGUGCUCGGCGAGGGGAGUGUUGCUCAGGCAGGCGUUCGCCCUCAGCAGAAAAACAGCCAGAGAAAACUCUCUGUGUGCUGCAGGUGAUGCCCUCCUGGGUUGCCACAGAUCCUACAGGUCCCGACCUACACAUGGAAUUGGGAGGUUUAAAUACCUGCUCCCAAAGGAGGUUCCAAAGAGGAAAAAGGAAAAAGUGCAGAUGAAAGAGAUCAGUGAAGGCACUGAGUACCAAUAUGGAGACAUCAACAUCCAGAUGACUUCCUAUGAUGUGUGCCUGGUGGAGCAUUUUGCUCAGUAUGUCCACAGACUCUGCAACCGUCUCUCCAUCCGGGUCAAUGAGAGCUAUGCCAUGCCCACCAAAACCAACGAGGUGCUGUUCCUGGAGGAGAGGGGAUCCAAAAUGCAGCUGGAUGCAGUCCUUACCACCCACCAGAGGGUUGUCCAGAUCCGCGGUUUGAGUUCGACGUUUGCUCCCAUACUGCUGGAAAUCAUUCAGAGUAACCAGCCUGAGGGGGUCCAUCUGUUGAUGAAACAGCACACGGAAGCCGAUUUCAAGAGCCGACUGAAGUCUCGACCAGAGCUGGAAGAGCUGCUGGCAGAGAUGUCCUGAGGUGAGCAGCACUGUGCCAUCCAUGGGCUGUUCCAGCCUCCAGAGGGUGCUUCCAUGAGCUCUGUACUGGUAACUCAGUGACUUGGAUGGAAUUCCCACUGCUGGCACCAGUUUGUCUCAAUAAAAAUAAAGCACAGAGGUGCCACAAUGGAAUGUGGGUUUGCUUUCCUUCAGUUCUUUUUUAAUUCCUGCCUAUUUUGCUUUUGAUAGGUGGGAAUUUCUGGAGAAAUAUCUGUGCAUGAAUAAUGCUGUGCUGCAACAAUCCCAAUUUGGAAUUGUUAUAACCAAAUGUGAUGGAUGGCAAGAGAAACUGUUCCAGAAACUGGUUUGUUUGGAGGCUUUUUCUCCCCCUUUCUAAGGACCAGCUCAUGAAAAAGAGGGAAAACAACUCAUUAAUUUACACUUUUCCCUCAAACUGGGGCUGUCCAUGUUGCUUGUGGUUCCAUGCCCAGCCCCUCAGUAUUCCCAGCACCCACAUCCCUGGGAAAUAACCUGGAACAUUCUUUCUGUCAAAAGCCAUGAAAAAGCAA